AUGGCUUCAUCUCAAUGUCCCAUUGAUCGAAACUUCGUUGUAGUGGAUUUCCACAAUAAUGGAGCGUUUGCACCCAACCCAUUAGUAUACUUUGAUCCCGACAAACAAUCAGUAGGAGAUGUUGACUUCAGUGCAUUUGAGUACGAGGAGUUCAUGGAAUUCCUUCAAAAGCUCACCAGAACUAGAAGUAAAGACAUUUACUUUUUCCUUCCACAAGAGUCUUUAAGUCAGGGAAUUCAUACACUGGUGAAUGACGGUGAUUACAAAGAAUUUUUGGAUUUGGCUUAUGCAAAUGAGAGGAGAAUGAAUGUGUAUGUGGACCACUGUAAUGAACCAAUCUUCGAAUGGAUUGAGGAUGAGGAAAAUGAAGAUCAAGACUACAGCUGUGAAGAGGAUGAAGACUCAGUAUUCUCGGAGACGUAUUCUGUUGACCAUGAAGAAGAUGAUGUUGAAUAUCCAUUCCCAGCCAACAAAACCAAGGGUGACAGGUUCUUAAACAAACUUUGUGUAGACACAUUAGAUGAAGAUGUUGAAUAUGUUGAACCUCGAUACCCUGUACAUGAUGAUAGACAACCAUGGAAUCAGAUGAAACCAGUGUUAGGUAUGCGAUUUUCUAACCCUGAUGAGCUUAAAAACAUGUUGAGCAACUAUGCAGUCUCUGGUGGAUAUGAUCUCUGGUUUGGAAAAAAUGACUCCCAAAGGUUGUUAGUUAAGUGUUGCAAAAAAAAACAAGUCACCUAA